CUGCUCUCGUUCUUUAACCGCGACAUGGCCGCCACCGAUGGCCAGAUCAUAUUGGCCGCAUCCCGUUUUGGGGAUGCGACGCCCGUUUAUUUGCGCGAUUUCUCCAAGCAGCCGCUGCCGGCGGUGGCCAAAAUACUUAAGGGCCAGCAUCAGGCGCUGGGCGUGCCCACCCUAUCGGCGCCCUCGCUCCAGAGCACGGCUCUCUUUUUGAGCGCUGGCAAAAAAUAUCAGAUACUGGCGCAGCCCAUCAAGAUCAAGGAGGGCCGCAAGCCCACUAAUGUGGGCGCCAAGGUGCUCAUACCGGAGACAUACGGCGGCUAUUUUGAGCUGCUCAGCGAGGAUGGACGCUCGACGCGCUGCAUCGAUUCCGUUCUGGAGCUGGCCAGGCGGCGCAAUGCCCGCGUCCUGGUGCGCGAAACGUUUCGCUGCCAACAGAUGAAUCGCACCAUACACGCCGGCGAGCUGUUGACCACCAUGAACGACAACGGCAAAUAUCUGCAGUGCCGGAAUAUCAAGGACGAGAUCAUCAAUCUGCCACUCGAUACCAAAGCCAAGUUCUCGCCGAUUGCGCGCGAGGACAGCAUCAGCGGAGUGCACACCGUCAAGAAUCUGCUGCUCAAGCGAAUGCCCGUCAUUGUGAGACUCGUCCAUGGCAGCGCGCCAAAGGGCCUGAAGCAGCCUUUUGUGCCGGAGCUGCGGCUGCUGGGCUGCGUGGAGAUUGAUCGGAUUUUCGCGCUGCCGCUGCAGAAGGACACGGAUCUGGUGCCGGUGCCGUUGAAUGCAAAGAUUAAGCUGCAGCGCGUCAAGAAUAUGGAGCAGCUGGAGCAUUUCAUAGAGUAUACGCGCUUUCUGGACAAGGCGCAGCGACUGCUGGCGGACGCACGGGAUCGCCUGCAGAUUGUCGAUCUCAAGCUGAGCGAAAAGGAGAAGAAGGACUCCAAGUUCAGCAGCCGCAAUAGCGGCAACAGGCUGCCGGUGGUGAUGCUGCCCUCCGCAGCGGGCCUGGCCAGCGGUUGGGUCGAGAGCGGCUAUGUGCUGCGCAAGAGCGCCAGCUGCGACUCCUGGUCCAAGCAGCAGCAGCAGGCGCUCAACAGCGCCGACAUCGCCGAGGAGUACAACGAGAUCGAUCACAUCUAUGACUAUGUGCGCGGCCUGACGCCGCUCUCAAAGGGCCUGUCGCGCUUCGAGCCCAUCUGCGAGUCGCCCACACUCAAGUCGCAUCACACGGACAGCAGCGGCAAUGGCAACUACUGCAGCCUGAUACGCGCGCCGGCAGCUCCUGCUGCCGCUGGCCAGCUACAGUCACAGCAGCCCAGCAGCAACAACAACAACAACAAUAACAACUACAGCAGCCUGGAGUCGAACAAGCAUAGCAGCAGCAACGGCGGCGGCGGCGGCGGUGGAGUACACCAUCAUCCGUACCCGCAUCAUCAGCAACAGCAGCAGCUGCUGCUACAUCAGCAUCAGCAUCACCAUCAUCCGUCGGCGCUGCUGGUCAAUCACUAUCAUCACAGCCAUAUACAGGAGGAUAUCAAGCCGGUGCCGCCGCCCAUUGAGACGAUACCCGGCAAGAAGCCGGCCGAGAAGCGGCAGCGUCCCACACUACCAAAGCUUUAUAUCAAGAAUGCGAAUGCGCACAGCGCCGGCAGCAGCAGCAAUGGCAACUCCACCGGCACCGGCACCAGUCACAGUCACAGUCACAGUCACAGCCAUAGUCACAGUCACAGUCAGAGCCAUUCGCAGCAGCAGCUGCCGCCAACGCCGGGUAGCAGCAGCAACAACAACAACAAUACGGCCGCCAUUGUGGCCAGCGCCGCUGCAGCAGCGGUAAACGCUCACCACGCCCACUCGCAUGCCCAUGCACACCACGCACACACACACCCACACGCACACCCACACCACGGCAAGGUGCUGACGCCCAACAAUCAUUUGCCCGUUAAAGAAACGCUGGAGCCGCAGUCGCCGCUGUUUCAUAUCAGAGUUCUUAAAGUUCUUGUGGUUGUUAUAACACCCGCCUCAGGGUCAGAUUUUGCACGCUGUCAUGUGUGUGCCCUGAUCCAUGUGCAACAGGCCGGUCCCAGAGACCCAAUCGCAGUCGAUGGAACGGCGGAACGAGUGCAACACGAACUAUUUAAUGGACCUGCCAUGCCCCAGCCGGGGCCAUGUGCAAAGAAGACAUCUGGCUGCACCAGACUAUGCCAUCUCCAAUCAUCUAUCAGCGUGUGUGUGUGUGUGUGUGUGUAUGUGCGCCCGUUAAUCAGCUUUGCUUGGAGGCCUUUCAUCAAAGCGCAAGCGGCACCCACAACGCGCAGUGGGCCACAAAACCAAAAACAGAUUAAGCAUACGACGUGUUGUGCAGUUAGCAGUUAACGUCGAGGCACUGCCGCAGUCGGAACUGCAGUCCAAAGCCCAAGCCCCAUGCAGCCAAAUGGUCAACUAACGGUUUGGCAUGCGUUGACGUUGACUGCAAGGCUCUGAGACGGGCUUAGACCGAGACUGAGACUGGCAUUGGCACUGGGACUGCGACUGCGACUGGCGGCAAUUGUAAUUUAUGAUUCGCAGCGCACGGCGUCCAAAUGAUCUAUUGGCGCAGUCGCCAUCCAAGUCAUUUUCUUAAGCGGCGGCGUGCCAGGCUCGUUUUGUGCCGCGCGCCGUGCUCAGCUAUCGGCCGCGUCAUCGGCACUUGUUGCAUCGGCCGGCCGCAUAACAGUUAAAAUGAUUUUCGCAUCGCAUCGCAUCGCAUGUGGGGCUGGUCGACCCAUCCCACCCCCCCGCCCCCCAAGGGCUCAACAGUUAUAAAGUGCGCCCACCAGUUGGCGGUCAGACGAGGUGACCCAACACCAAAUGCUUUGCCAACGUCGCCGCCGUCGAUGAUUAAUGGAUUCGCCAGUGUUGGGCAUAGUGAAAAAAUCCGUGGCGUUCAUAAAUAAACAGGAAUGCGCGCUGCAAAUGGAAAACAAAACUAAUAAAACAAGCGAAAGGUGGAGCAAGCGACGACGACCAAGUCGGACAGACAAUUGGCGCCAGAGACGAGACGUGGGUGCGUAUUUAUCAUUGGUAAACUUUAUUCUUUACAUUUACAUACAACUUGUUUAAAAUUAUGUGUCCAAUUUGACAUGGAUUCCACUUGAGAGUAAAGGUAGCAAUGCGAA